GCCCCUCGCCCCCUUUAAGAGUAAACAGUACAUCGUCUUGCGCUCUCGGUGCUGCGUGGAAAUCGAGCGCGCAGCCUAGACACCAGGUGCAGCAGGAGCUGUCAACAGCCCCGUGAUGCGCUCCCGUCGCUUUGGGGGCACCUGAGAUCAGAGCCCGAGGGCGUCAUGGCCGCGGGCGGUGCCGCCCCAGGUAGGUCAGCCCAGGUGCGGGGCCUGGCGGGCGCUCUCGGAAAAUGGCGGCCUGGGGAAGGAUGAAGGGGGAGGGAGGCAGCGGUUCUGCUUCCGAGGUCAUGUGCCGGGACACGUCUUCUGGGUGCAGGCCUGGCGCGCGCCCGGAGGCGCUGGCGGGACGACCAGCCCAGAUCUUGAGGGAAAUGACACCCCGAUGCCCUCGCUCGGCACUCUGCUACCAUUUCCUUCCGUCUCUGCUCCGCUCAGUGUUUAAAAACGCGCCAGGCGCCCGGCAGGGAGCCGAGGCCGCGGGACUCUUCUGGCCAGGCCGAGCCCUGGGCCCAGCCGCCCUGCUCCGGACACUCCGGACCGCGUCCAGCGCCAGCCGCCAGAGCCGAGCCUGCCGCGGAGCCAGUAAAGUCGGGGCCCGGGCUGGCAGGGCGCGCUUUCUGAGGCGUGGGGGUGCUGCACGUGCGUCCCGCGGCCCCCGCCGAGCCCGGGAGCGGCGGGCGACAGGACCCGCGCCACCCGGAAGGACGCCCUCCGGCGGCAGGCGACUGGGGACUUGGGAGGGGGCGCGGCUUCUACGCGCGCGGGAGCGAGUCCAUGCGGUCCCCUAAUGAGGGGGGGCGACGGUGGCUUUCUAGUGUGUGUGUGACCGAGGCCACCGAAGCUACCCCCUACAUUAGCCCCGCGCGCUGAGUUUGAAAGAUUUACUAAGGCUCCGGAGUUUCCAGUCCCAAAUCCGGUUUUCGGGAAGGGCUUCUAACCCAAAAUUUGAAUCUUGCCUCCCCUCUCAGCCAGGCCAGUGGACCCGUCCAGGAGUGGGGAGGAGCUGGCGGGAAAUUUAGCUCUUGGCAAGUUGCCUGCCUCGGGCUCAUGCUGUGCUCUCUCCAUUGCUUUUUCCAUUCAUUCUCACUCCGCCAUGCCCUGCUCUGAAGAGACCACUGUUGUAUCCCCCAGCAAGCGGGCCCGGCCCGCCGAGGAGGGCGGCAUGCAGCUCCGCUUUGCCCGGCUCUCGGAGCAUGCCACGGCCCCGACCCGGGGGUCCGCACGGGCUGCGGGCUACGACCUGUACAGUGCCUAUGAUUACACAAUACCAUCUAUGGAGAAAGCUGUUGUGAAGACAGACAUUCAGAUAGCUCUUCCUUCUGGGUGUUAUGGAAGAGUAGCUCCGCGUUCUGGCUUGGCUGCCAAACAUUUUAUAGAUGUAGGAGCUGGUGUCAUAGAUGAAGAUUAUAGAGGAAAUGUUGGUGUUGUACUGUUUAAUUUUGGCAAAGAGAACUUUGAAGUCAAAAAAGGUGAUCGGAUUGCACAGCUCAUUUGUGAACGGAUUUUUUAUCCAGAAAUAGAAGAAGUUCAAGUUUUGGAUGACACUGAAAGGGGUUCAGGAGGUUUUGGUUCUACUGGAAAGAAUUAAAAUUUAUGCUGAGAAUAGAAAAUGAGAAGUUGUACCUUUUUCUU